UGUAUCUCAAGUCUGAACAUAGCCAAGAUUUGUGUCAAAUUAGCAUUCGGAGUGAAUACAUCAGGAAUCUUAUAAGUGAGCGUAGAUAGCAAGGAUGGCCAGUCCCCGGAAGGUCAUCAUUGAUGUGGAUACAGGAGUGGACGAUGCACAGGCCCUAAUUAUGGCUUUCUCUAGACCAGACGUUCUGGAUGUCUUGGGGGUCACGUGCGUCCAAGGAAACGUGGACAUUACCAAUGUGUGUAGGAAUACACUGAGGGUACUGUCUGUGUGUGACAAACUUAAUGUACCAGUAUAUAAAGGCUGUGAUAAGCCGCUUACUGGCGAGGGUCCUGAUGCUACACAUUAUCAUGGAAAAGACGGAAUGGGAGAUGUACCAAACCCCGAACAAGUCGACAUGAAUAUCAUCCAAUCAGAACACGCCUCUCUUGCAUUGUUAAGAUUAGUUAAUCAAUACCCAGGGGAGAUAACCCUCGUAGCCUUGGCACCUCUAACCAAUAUUGCAGUGGCCUUGCGGAUUGAUCCAGCUUUCGGACACAAGCUGAAAGAAAUGGUGAUUAUGGGAGGAAACGUCCAAGGAAAAGGAAACACAUCUCCGGCGGCAGAGUUCAAUUUUCGGAGUGAUCCAGAGGCAGCCCACGUGGUGUUAAAGGAGAUAGGAUGUCCCAUUCUGAUGGUGCCAUGGGAGACUUGUGCAGACAAUGGACAAUCCUGGACCUGGACGGAGGCUUGGCUGAAAACAGACACAAGAAAGGGGCGAUUUCAAAACGGAAUCGUACAGUAUUCUAUUGGACGUUUGAGGGCUGCUAACAGGUCACAUUACAGAUCAUGUGACUUACUAGCAAUGGCGUAUGUGAUUGAUAGAUCGAUUGCCUCUGAAACUGAGGAUUUCUAUGGGGAAGUAGAGAUGGGAGGUACCCUUACACGUGGGCAGCUGGUCUGUGAUUGGAGACAAGCAUUGGAUCGAAAAGUCAACAUUAAGGCCGUCACAGCGGUUAACUUAGAUAAGGCAAGGCUCCUUUAUGAUGAAAUGCUUCAAUGAUCACAGUCUAUAUUUAAUGAUAUGGUACAAUAAUUACAAUCUUCUCCUGUAUGAUCAGAUGUUUCAAUAACUAGGAUUUAGUCCUGUAUGGAGGAAUGCUGCAGUGACCACAAUCAAUAUAUAAUGAUAUGCUUCAAUGACCACAAUCGAUCUAUAAUUCGAUGGUUGAUGAAAUGUGCCAGUGAACACAAUCUUGCCUUGUAUAUAGUUAUGUUUCAGGGAUUACUUACUGAUGGCAAUUUAUUGCGAAAUAGUUUCAGUGAAAAAAAGGGACUAAGGUAGGAGCUUGUAUGGCAAAUUUAAAGUUUUUUUUUUAAAGUAGUAUACGUAGUUCAUGAUUACAUGAAUUGUGUGAUAAAUGAAAUUCUGGUGCAGGUUAAUAGAUAAAGAGGGUAACUUGCACCCCAGUUCCUUGUUGAUAAUCUACAAGUUGAAUAGGAAUAAAACCCAACGUUGCUUUAUCGACCUUUGAUCACUACUCUAAUGAAUUAUGUUCGGAGUCACAACUUUCGUGACGUUGAUUAAUCAGAUUACUUGAUGAUGCUCUACAACGUUAAGCACAUUGUAUGUUAAUGUUGUAUGCUGUUCUCUUUUCAAGAGAAUAAAAUAUAACUGGAUGGACUCUAGAUAUUUCUGUAAACAGGAACUGUGCUUACUGAUUAACCAGAUUUGUAUUUUAUCGAGAAAAUUCUUUAUUUAUAUUUUCUUAUUUCUAUGUUCCUGAACGUUUGAAAUUUGUCCAUGAUUUGUAUGUAAAUUGAGAUUGUGUCUAUGUAUAGAUGUGAGUGUAUAAUUGACUGUGAUUAAUUGGAUUAACUUCAUUACACGAAGUAAAAUUUGAGCUAAAAUCCUUUUGUGAAAAUGGCCGUCUGAACCUUACAUUUGUAAUUUUUCUAAUCCCCACAGUUGUUGAUUUAUAAUUUAAACUGUAGCUCAUCAAAACGAAUUAUGGCAACAGUAUAAGCCAAAAACAUGCCGAAAGCACGAGGGAGAUGUAAGGAAGACAUUGCAAUAUGGUAAGCAUACACCCUUAAGUGAAACGAUUAUUUUAUAUUCAAUGCAUGAUUAGUGCAAUGCAAUAGGGAUAUUAUGGGAUGAAUUUUUUAUAUAAUCAGAUGUUGUCUUUGAAAACAAAAUUCAAUAUUGAUUAAAAAGAACUAUUGUUCUGAUCAAUGGAUACCUAUUAAUCACAUAAAACAUUUAAACAGAUGUAUUUUAGUUAAGUACG